AUGAGCUUACUUGCGGAACAUAAUGCCGCAGAGGCUAUAGAGCUUCACCUGGAAUCCAAACAACCGGAAAUCGCCACUACACCGGUCGAUGCCUUAACAGUAAUCCAAAAUUUACGAGCUAAUAAAGAUGGAAUCCUUGUAGUAUUAUCAGGAUUUUUAUGUAACUUUAUGGUAUUCGGUAUAGGAUUCUCAUUUGGAGUGUUUCAAGAGUACUACAAAUCACAGGAUGGACCCUUAUAUAAAUCUACUGAUUUUCAAGUAGCCAUGGUAGGAACGUUUGGAACGGCUUUAACAUAUACUUGUGGAAUAUUUAAUAAGACUUUACUAUACCAUUUUAAGCCAAGAAAUGUUAUGUUAGCCGGAUCUAUACUAAUGUCAACCGGCUUAAUUCUUGCAGGAUUCUGUUCAAAAUUAUAUCAAUUUAUACUAACUCAAGGUCUUAUAUAUGGAAUCGGAUCUAGUUGUGUUUAUUUACCCCCAGUAGUAUGUGCACCAAUGUUUUUUAAUAAACAUCGAGCUAUUGCUAUGGGGAUCUUAUUUAGUGGUACCGGUCUUGGAGGUUUAGCCUUAGCUCCAUUCACUCGAUACCUUAUUGCCCAAAUUGGAUUCCGAUGGUGUUUACGAACCCUCGGGUUCAUUAAUCUUACUUUAACUGUAUUAGCUAGUUUAUUAGUUAAAGAACCGAAAGUUGAAACUUUCCGAACCAAUAAUAAACUUUUCAAUAUUCAUCAACUUGGAUCUUGGAAAGUAUGGCUUCAACUUGGUGGAUCACUCUUACAAGCCGCUGGUUAUUUAAUUCCAUUAAUUUAUAUGUCAUCAUAUGCUCAAACUUUAGGAUUUACUAGAGGUCAAGGUGCUUUAUUUAUUGGAAUUAAUAAUGGUGUUAAUGCUAUUUUUAAAGUAGUGUUUGGAUUCGGAGGUGAUCAAAUAGGAAGACUUAAUAUGAUCAUUAUAUGUAAUCUAUUAAGUGCAGUAACUGUAUUUGGAUUAUGGUUUGUAGAAUCAAGAAGUGCAUUUGUUAGUUUUGUUAUAUUAUAUGGAGUAUUUUCUGGUGCUAUCAUAAGUUUAUUACCUACUUGUUUAUUAGAACUCUUUGGCCCAGCCAAUUAUCAAUCUAUGAGUAGUAUCAUGUACUUUUGUCGAGGUAUUGGCAAUUUCUUAGGCUCUCCAUUAGCUGGUCUAAUGAUAGUUAAUGCGGGUAUAACGGCAUCCGAUUAUAGAAAUCCUAUCAUUUAUAAUGGAGUCCUUCUCAUAGCCUCUACUAUGUGUUUAGUAGGACUUUGGAUAAUUGCAUACUAUGAAAAGAUUCAUAAAACAUGGAAACUUUAG